GAAAUGGAUCUGUCAAAUGAUAUACUCUCUCUCUCUCUCUCUCUCUCUCACCUCACGCAGCAGUGAGAUACAGAGUAGAAAAGUAGUUGUCUGGGGGUGGGUGUUUGUAAAUGGAUGGAUGGAUCUGUUUAGGUCAUUUAUCAAUUCGAAAAUUGAUGUUAUUAAUUUAAUUUUAUAAUCCUAAAAGCUGGAGCUCUCUUUCUCUCUCUCUCUUUUUUUUUUUUUUGCAUGCACAAUCUCUCAACCAUCCAACCAAUCAUUCGCCGUCUUCCUCAAAUUCUGGUUUUGUAUUUUAGCCGCCGCCGGCUCAAUUCCAGAAGAAGCAUUCUUCCUCCGAUUUCGUUAUAGUCUCUCACCACACUGAGGUUCCGUUUAGGAAGGUGAUUUUGAUAUGGAACAACCAAUGAUGCUCACUGAGAAAGACGACAAGGUACGCAAAGCUUUGGAGAAAACAAGGGAAUUGUCUAUUCCUGAUGAAAAGACAAUGCCAGUGCUUCUGAAGCUCCUAGAAGAGGCUGGUGGCAGUUGGUCUUUAGUUAAAUUGGAUAACUAUUCUGCACUCAUCGACGCUGUUCUCUCUGUUGACGAAGAAGACAAGAACAAGCUAACUGAAGGUUCAUCCAAUGGCAAUAACAAAGGGAAGAAUCCUAAGGUCAUUGACUCUCCUGUUUCUCUGAAAAAAUCUUACGAGACCCGUUCUGCAACCUCAGGUUCCUCCGUUCAGAACAAUAAUGGUGAUCGCAAGAGGAAAUAUAGAAACAGAAUUUCUGACAUCACCAAAGGUUCGGAGAGCGUUGAAAUAUCUCUUGUCGAUGAUGUUGGAAGCGAGGAUGCCCCAAAGUUUACUUACAUCCCUCACAACAUUGUUUACCAAAGUGCUUAUGUCCACGUGUCUCUGGCUCGUAUUUCUGAUGAAGAUUGCUGUGCGAACUGCAAAGGCGACUGUCUUUCAGCUGACCUUCCAUGUGCUUGUGCUCGUGAAACCAGUGGAGAAUAUGCUUAUACCAAUGGAGGGUUGCUAAAGGAGAAGUUUCUGGACACCUGUUUAAAGAUGAAAAAGGAACCAGAUAGGUUUCAUAAGUUUUACUGCAAAGACUGCCCUUUGGAGAGAGACCACGAUAAUGGCACACACGGAAAAUGUGAUGGUCACCUAAUCCGGAAGUUCAUUAAGGAAUGCUGGAGAAAGUGUGGAUGUGCUAUGCACUGUGGAAAUCGAGUAGUACAGAGAGGGAUAAGGUCCAAACUGCAGGUUUACUUUACGCAAGAAGGGAAAGGAUGGGGUCUUAGAACACUGCAAGACUUGCCAAAAGGAACCUUUGUCUGUGAAUACAUUGGUGAAAUAUUGACCAACACGGAGUUAUACGACCGGAAUAUAAGAUCUAGUGGUGAGCGGCAUACAUAUCCUGUAACUCUGGAUGCAGACUGGGGUUCUGAAAAGGAACUUAAAGAUGAAGAAGCUCUCUGCCUGGAUGCCACAAUCUGUGGAAAUGUCGCAAGGUUUAUCAAUCACAGAUGCGAGGAUGCAAACAUGAUUGAUAUUCCGGUAGAAAUUGAGACUCCUGACAGACAUUAUUAUCAUAUUGCCUUUUUUACCCUACGAGAUGUAAAGGCCAUGGAUGAGUUGACAUGGGAUUACAUGAUAGACUUCAAUGAUAAAAGUCAUCCAAUAAAGGCAUUUCGAUGUUAUUGCGGAAGCGAAUCAUGCAGAGACAAAAUAACAAAAGGAUCUCAAGGCAAGUUAGAAAGAAGAAAGAUUGUUCCUGCUAAAAAACAAUCAGGUUCCAAAGUGGUGGCGUUUAAGCGCUAGUGAGACUGAUCAUUACUAGACAUUGAAGGAAACAUGACCCACGAACAAAACACUUGGAUCCAUCUUGAGCAAUGCUGGAUUCAACUUGAUGAUAUAUAAUUUUUAUGGUCGCAGAUUUUACUCUCUUCACAAUUCCCUUCUUUCUUCUUUAGGUUACAGUGUUAUAUGUUUGCCCAACCAAAAUAACUUACUGUUAGUUCUGUUCCCUUCUUUUUCAAUCGUUUUAGGGAUUUCACUGCAAUUGUAAACUAAAUAAACCAAACAACACGGUUGUGGAAAAGGGUCCUCGUCUAGUAGAUAGAGCGUAAAGACUCUGGAUCAAAAAGGUGCCCCAUCAUUGGUAUAUUCAGUCAGAUUCAGCUGUACGUAGCUGA